UUACUUUUCCUGUCUUUCCUUUGUUUUCCAUUUGAAGUUUGGAAAACACACUCACUGGUCGGCGUCAUCAUGGUGCGAAUUACCGAGGAGUUGGUGCGCAAGAAAUCGGAGCACAAUGAGCGCCUCAUCAGCACCCUGGAGGAAAUAUCCCUGCACCAGGAGGACAUCGAGGUCAUCGAGCACAUCCAGAACUGGUGUCGUGACCUCAAGAUUCUGCUGCUCCAGUCCAACCUGAUAGCUCGCCUCGAGAAUCUGCACAAGCUGAAGUGCCUGGAGUACCUCAAUGUGGCCAUCAACAAUAUCGAACGGGUGGAGAAUCUCGAGGGCUGCGAGUCCCUCAACAAACUAGACCUCACCCUGAACUUUAUCGGCGAACUGACUAGCGUGGAGUCGCUGCGCGGCAAUCACAAUCUCCGCGAGCUGCUGCUGAUAGGGAAUCCCUGUGUGGAUUAUCCCCAUUACCGGGACUAUGUGGUGGCCACUCUGCCGCAGCUAACCAGCCUGGACUGUGUCGAGAUUACGCCAUCGGAACGCCUGCAGGCCAUUCGAGAGUUGGCCAAGAAUCGGGCCAUUAUUGUCCAAAGGCAGGCGGAUCAGUCCAUCGAACGGGAUGAGCAGCGCAUCCGGGUAGCCGAGCAGCAGGCCGCCCUGGCCGAACAGUGUGCCGGCAUCGAGGACGAGGAGGAGCGCAUUAAGGCCUUUUGGCAGGCCAAGAGCGAGCAUUGCCCGGAGAUUCGCACCGAGAUUGCCCGCCAGCACAGGCUGGGCAGGGAGCGCCAUGAGCCCAAGUCGACGCUGGAUCCACCGCGUCGAGAGCGUCACUUCUUUGCCCCCGACGGCAGACCCUAUAACAUGAACCAGGCCAAGCUGCCCUUUAAGUUCCAGGACGAGGCCGAUCACUACCAGCUCCAGCUGGAGGUUUACAGACACCUGGACACCUCCCUCAUCGACGUAGACGUUCAAACCAACUACACUCGGGUGACCGUCAAGGGCAAGAUUUUCCAGAUAGCCUACAACGAAGAGGUCAAGCCGGACGAGUCCACGGUCCAGCGUUCCCAAACCACGGGCCAUUUGAUGGUGAUACUGCGUAAGCUGAAAGUCAAUGAGCUGCUAACCCCCAAGGCCACUUCGGCCAGGAUCAAGCCUGCUCCUCCUGGAAAGGAUGCUGAAAAGGAUGCCAAAGGGGAGAAGCUACGCGGUGUGGUGGAUAUUAGUAACAUUUGUCCGCCCGCCGAUUUGCCGGAUUUGAUUUAAUAAGAUUGGUUUUUAUUUAAAAAUGGUUUA